AAGGAACAGAAUAAAUAGGGAUUUGCUCACAUCAGCUGUGGAUGACUGUUUGCACUUGUGAUGGAUCCUGAGAAAAUGCGGGAAUCAAAUUCUGGUGAAGAGUUUUUGUGUCCGAAGAGCACAUUAGAUUGGGAUCGUCAUUUUGUUGAGAAACUUGGGGUUAAUUUUAAAGAAGAAGACAUCUACAGAAUAAUUACAUCUGAAUGGUCGCUGUUUCAUUUGGAUGCAGACGACUAUUGUGAAAUUGACAGGUGUGUUAAUGCCUGCAACCUUAAACUGGAUUACGAAUCCUUGGAGUCUUUGCCUCCAAACAUUGCUACACCGAUUGAAACAUUUGCAAGUUCGUGGGAACCAACUAGACAGCAGUUGAAAGUGAUUAAAUCAGAACCCUUAUUGGAAAAGUUUUUAUUAAAAUUGGAGGAAUUUAAUUACUGCUUAGCACAAAUAAUUGCAAAAAAUAAGCCCAACACAAGCAUAUCAGAUUGGAAAUACCAGGUCUUGUUUGAGAAGUUGCUGCAGUUAUUUGGUAUUAAUACUUGGACCCAACCAUUUAUUGAGACUAAGAAAGCUAUGAUCAUGGGUAGGACUAUGUCAUCUAAAGCUGACCUUCUUUGUUGCCGAACAGAUCCUGGACUUCAAAGGCCAGUUCUUUGUGUUUGUGAGGUACGGAGAACUUGUCAUGAGGAGGACUUUAUCUCUCCACCAAAGAAACCCAGAGUUAUCUACGAACAAGAUGCAGCCAAUAAUUCCAAAGAUGAUCUCAGUAUUUGGUCCAAACAUAUUGGAGACCUAUUUUUGUACCUUGAUAAGUCACCAAGAAAUGAGGGAAUACUUGGUAUCACUCUUGAAAAGACAUGGGUACGAUUUACCUUCCUCAAAGUUAAAGGUCCUUGUUUGGAGGAAAUUCGAAAUAGACCAGGAAAUAAACCUGGGCCUGUGAAUGUUGAGGAGGAAGAACGUCCAAUAUUUCGCUUCAGUAGAGGCUACAAUUAUUUAAAACAAGACGAUCGCAAAACUGUGUUCAAAGCUCUCUUGCUUUUUAGAAUGAUGCAAGUUAGGUUUGAAAGGGGUGCUACUGCCGUGCUGUAGUUCAUUUAACAUUGCAGACGAUUUCAAUCAAUUCCAGUUUUAUGUUUUAGCUCACACAUUAUAUCGGCUGGGUGAGCUUUUCUGUUCAACAUUUUAUUGAAAAAAAUUCUUGUACUGUAACACUGCAGACAAGAGGGUAAGAUUAACGAAAGUGAAAAAAGAGUAAUUGUUGAAAAAAAAGAAAUGUUUGUUCAGAAGGGAAUGAAUAAAAAAACGAAUGAAAUAUGUACAA